GCUGGGUGGGGGUGGCGGCUGGCAGGCUCGGGGCCGUGGUGGCCUGGCGGAGGGGGUAUGAAGCUGCUGCGGGGGCCGCUGGGGGUUGCCCUGGGCCUUGUGUUGCUGCUGACUCCGGUGCAGACGGUGGAGCCCAUCAGCCUCGGGCUGGCGCUGGCUGGCGCCGCCUCAGCGCUCACCGGCCUCAUCUCCUAUCCCCGCCUCUACUGCUACUUCAGGGAGUGCUGCCUCCAGCGGGAGGGGGCCCGGGCGGGAGCAGCACUGCAGGGGGAUUUGGACAAGAAACUGUUUGGUCAGCACCUCGUGAAGAAGGUGAUUGUGAAAGCUGUGACUGGCUUCUUGAACAAUACAAAUCCCAAAAAGCCUCUCACCCUCUCCUUGCAUGGAUGGACUGGUACUGGCAAAAACUUUGUCAGUAAAAUAAUUGCAGAGAGUAUCUACGAAGGAGGCCUGAACAGCAAUUAUGUCCAUCAGUUUGUGUCUACUUUGCAUUUUCCCCAUGCACAUAGUAUUGGCCAGUACAAGGACCUGUUGCAGUCAUGGAUUCGGGGAAACGUGAGCGCCUGUGGCAGGUCAAUCUUUAUAUUUGAUGAAAUGGAUAAAAUGCACACAGGGCUCAUUGAUUCCAUCAAACCGUUCUUGGACUAUUAUGAGCAGCUUGAUGGAGUAUCCUAUCGGCGUGCCAUCUUCAUCUUUCUCAGCAAUGCGGGGGCUGAAAAGAUAACAGAGGUGGCAUUAGAUUUCUGGAAAAGUGGAAAGAAAAGGGAAGACAUGGAACUCAAAGACCUGGAAGCUGGAGUGUCUCUGUCUGUCUUCAACAACAAGAAUAGAUGAGAAAUCAACGGGAGUUGACGAAACAAGAAAACUUGUUUUUCUCUUCCAAAUCUGUGUCAGAAGAUGACGUGUACUAGUUCUACAAUCCUGAAGGAGAUGGUGACGUGAAACAAGCAGUUAAAUUCACUUACCACGGAUAGUGUUUUCUUUGUUUAAGGAAUCAGUUUUAAAUGCAAAACGUUUUGAUAAACUUUUAGGCACAAAUCAAAAAUACAUUUUUUUUUUUUAGUAAAUAAAUGUAUCAUUCACCAUUUCUGGUAUAAUAAAAAAUACAAAAAUUAAAAAUCUGAAUAAAUAUAAAUGAAGCUAUAUAAUUGUUUACCUGUGUAUAGGUUAUAGCACAUCCUCUUAGCUUCCCCCACCCCCAACAAAAGCACCAAAUUUAAUGUAAAGGCUCUAUUCAAUUGGAAACCAACCUGUUUGAAUGGUUACCAUCCAAUCAGAAUCCUCCUUUCUUUAGGAAAGUAACUAAAGUACAAAUGAAAAACUCCAUUAAAACUGAUGAUUUAAUCAAGUUUUCCUGCUUGCUGAUUUACAUCGUGAUUAAACUUUGGUAGUUUUAAAUCGCUUUGAUUUAAUUCUACCCACUCUGCUGCGUUGGGUAAAUAUUGGGAUAUCUGCUGUGUGCAUGUUAGUUUAGUUUAACAGCAGAUGGUUGGGAAAUAAAAACAUGCCCUCGUAAACACUUGAAGGGGGCUAAGAGAAAAUACUUGAGAUAUUAACUGUGAAGAACCUACUUCCUUGGCUCCAGCCAAAUUACAGAACUUGUUUUGACUAGCCUGGGAAUCAAAAUGACAAUUUAAAAGACUCCCUGGUGAGAGGUCAGGUAGUUUGUGGGGAAUAAACUGAAACACUCAUAGAGCCUGGUGGAGGGUCUGAGGCAGUAAAGCCUUCCUAGGUUUCCAAGACAGGGAGAUUCAUAAAUUCAUAGACUCUAGGACUGGAAGGGACCUCGAGAGGUCAUAGAGUCCACUCCCCUACCCUCAUGGCAGGACCAAAUACUGUCUAGACCAUCCCUGAUAGACAUUUAUCUAACCUACUCUUAAAUAUCUCCAGAGAUGGAGAUUCCACAACCUCCCUAGGCAGUCUAUUCCAGUGUUUAACCACCCUGACAGUUAGGAACUUUUUCCUAAUGUCCAACCUAAACCUCCCUUGCUGCAGUUUAAGCCCAUUGCUUCUUGCUCUAUCCUUAGAGGCUAAGAUGAACAAGUUUUCUCCCACCUUCUUAUGACACCCUUUUAGAUACCUGAAAACUGCUACCAUGUCCCCUCUCAGUCUUCUCGUUUCCAAACUAAACAAACCCAAUUCUUUCAGCCUUCCUUCAUAGGUUAUGUUCUCUAGACCUUUAAUCAUUCUUGUUGCUCUUCUCUGGACCCUCUCCAGUUUCUCCACAUCUUUCUUGAAAUGCAGUGCCCAGAACUGGACACAAUACUCCAGUUGAGGCCUAACCAGCGCAGAGUAGAGCGGAAGAAUGACUUCUCAUGUCUUGCUCACAGCACACCUGUUAAUGCAUCCCAGAAUCAUGUUUGCUUUUUUUGCAACAGCAUCACACUGUUGACUCAUAUUUAGCUUGUGGUCCACUAUAACCCCUAGAUCCCUUUCUGCCGUACUCCUUCCUAGACAGUCUCUUCCCAUUCUGUAUGUGUGAAACUGAUUGUUCCUUCCUAAGUGGAGCACUUUGCAUUUGUCCUCAUUAAACUUCAUCCUGAUGGUAAGCCAUAGGUAAGAUAGACAUGUGCGCGACCCUUUUGUUGUUUUAAAAUCCUAAUUAUGUUAUGCUUUAUUCCUACUGCUAAGAUUAAACAAUACUUUGGUUUGAAAAGGCUGUCUGGUCAGUGUAUUUACUGCUGGUCAUGGGCUCCUGAAGGGAAGAACCGCAGGUACCCGAACCCAGUUGGACCCGUUAGGGAAAGCAUGGUUGAUCCACCAGAUACUGUAGCCAGGACCCAGUCUAAAAGUGGGAGAAUUGUAGGAUUCUGCCCCAGGAUAGGUAAAGGCUUGGAGCCUAACACCUGAGGGGCUGCACUCAGAGACUGGGGAGAGGGCAGAGGUGCCGCUAGUCUUGAAACCUUGGCAUGCAGCAACAGCUCCAAUAUAUGAUGUUUGUGUCCAUCCUGCUUGGCUUAAAGUGAAGCCACUCUCAUACCAUGGCAAUGUGUGACCUUAUACAAGUAGAAGUGAUUGUGAUAAGAAUAAAAACCAAGAGUAAACAACUUUAGGGUGGGUAGCAGGGAGUUGUGAUAAAUAUAGCCCCCUCCCUACUAGCUGUCAACCUCCACAAAAGGUGCACUAACCAACAGUAUUUU